ACCAUAAAUGACCCACUGGACGUGCAUGGCGAAGAGAGACGACAUUGUAGAGAGAGAGAGAGAGAGAGAGAGAGAGAGAGAGAAUGGUGAACACCCUCGAGCUCUACAAGCCCUUGCUGCGAGUGGCCAUGAAGCUCGCCGGAUUGAGACCUCAGAAGAUCGAGAUCGAACCAGGGACCGUACUGAACAUCUGGGCUCCGGCUCGAUCCAAGAAGAAUGCCAACGAUGCUAGAAAGCCCGCAGUCGUCUUCCUCCACGGCUUCGUCGGCGACGGCAUCCUCAUGUGGCAGUUCCAGGUCCUUGCCCUCGCGCGGGACUACGAGGUCUACGUGCCGGACCUCCUCUUCUUUGGCAGCUCCUUCACCGUCGAUGGGCGCCGGACGGUGGGGUUCCAGGCUGAUUGCCUGGCGACGGGGCUGGCGAGGCUGGGGGUGCGGCGGUGCACCGUGGUCGGGUUCAGCUACGGCGCGAUGGUGGCAUUCAGACUGGCCGAGUCGCGGCCCGAGCUGGUCGAGUCGGUGGUGGCGACGUGCGCCGGCCCGACGCUGACGGAGUCGUUGAGCCGGGAGUGCCUGGAGAGGAUGGGGUUCCCGUCGUGGCCGGCGCUUCUGCUGCCUGAGUCGGCGAGCUCGCUGAAGAAGUUGCUUCAGAUUGGCAGCUUCCACUUCCCUAGAUUCCCCAAAUGUGUUUUCAAGCACGCUCUAGAGGUCAUGUUUGACUACAGAAAGGAGAGAGCCGCAUUGCUGGAGGCUUUGGUCAUUCCCGACAAGGAUUUCGCUUUCCCAAACUACUCUCAGAAGGUGCAUCUGGUCUGGGGCGAGAAUGACAGGAUCUUCCCCGUGGAAGUAGCCAAAUCACUGAAAGAGAAAUUGGGAGAUAAUGCAACCCUAGUAUGCAUUGAGAAAGCAGGCCACAUUGCUGCGUUGGAGCGACCCUUCGUCUACAGUAAAUGUCUGAAGAGAAUUCUGGCCUCUACCUACAAAGCUGGUCGCACAAAAUAGUUGGGUCGCAAUAUUUCCCGACGACUAAUAUAAUAAUUAGUGGAAUAAUUUGUUAAAAAGAGUAUAACCUCAUUUGAGUUACUAGAGAUUAUCCUAUUACAGACGAAGAGGUUCCAAUUUUUUUUUGGAUCGAGUAUUAUGAUGUGGUAACUGGCGUCAAUUGGUUUGGUUUG